AUGGGACAGAAGUACACUUUUGAAGAGAAAAUGGAGAAAGUUGAAGAAGUGAUAAAAGAUAUGAGUCUCUCGGAAUGCGAGAACUCCAUCAUAGGUAUUCCUAAUCGGGGCAAAGGUAUAUCUGUUGGAGAAAAAAAGCGUUUAGCGUUUGCUAGCGAGAUUUUAACGGAUCCAGCAAUACUCUUUUGUGAUGAGCCCACAAGUGGUUUGGACGCAUUCAUGGCCCACCAGGUAGUAAUAGCCCUUCGCUUAAUGGCUGAGAAAGGAAAAACAGUGGUUACCGUAAUCCACCAGCCUGGCAGUCAGAUUUUCCAUAUAGUGAGCUUCAUGGCUCUGGGAAAGACAGCCUUCCAUGGCACGAUUAUAGAUCUAAUAAAGUUUUUCAACAGCCUUGAUGAUCCUACCCUUCGAGUGCCAGAGUCACACAACCCAGCUGAUUUUGUCAUUAAAAAAUUAUCUGUGACGAUCGAGAAUACCGAUGAAGAUUUAGAGAGAAUCAAGAUCACUUCCGUAGCAAUUGGAAUUGUAAAUUUUCGUACGGAAGUGUAUGGGCCAACAAUUCAAAAUUUAGAGGGCGUCAUGUAUAAUUGCGUGCGUGAUAUGUCGUUUCUCUUCUUCUUUCCUUCAAUUAACGUUAUUACCAGUGAAUUACCCGUUUUUAUGAGAGAAUGUAAAGCUAGAAUCUACUCACCUGAAGCAUAUUUCAUAGCCAAAUCUUUGGCAGAGAUGCCUCAAUAUAUCGCUCUCCCGUUAAUUUAUUCGGUAAUUUUAUAUUGGAUGACAGGCUAUGCAUCUGGCUGUGUGUUCGGAGAUGAAGGCCUUGCAAUCACUGUCAUGUCUGGAUUUAUGCAAGCUAUGCUAGUGUUCGGGGGUUUUUACAUUAAUCUUCAUAACAUUCCAAUGUGGAUGAGGCCAUUUUCGGCGCUUUCUUUCUUUAAAUACAGUUUCGAGACAUUGGAAAUCAAUCAGUGGACUGAGGUAACUUAUAUCAAGGGCUGCACCGGUUUAUUGUCGGCUGGGAAUAACACUGUCUAUUGUCCUAGUGAGACUGGACUAGUUUUUAUUCAGGUUAUUACCAGUGAAUUACCCGUUUUUAUGAGAGAAUGUAAAGCUAGAAUCUAUUCGCCUGAAGCAUAUUUCAUAGCCAAAUCUUUGGCAGAGGUAACCAUUUUUGACAUAUUGUGGUUUUCAAAACUUCAAAAAAAAACUGUCCAAGGCUAUGCAUCUGGCUGUGUGUUCGGAGAUGAAGGCCUUGCAAUCACUGUCAUGUCUGGAUUUAUGCAAGCUAUGCUAGUGUUCGGGGGUUUUUACAUUAAUCUUCAUAACAUUCCAAUGUGGAUGAGGCCAUUUUCGGCGCUUUCUUUCUUUAAAUACAGUUUCGAGACAUUGGAAAUCAAUCAGUGGACUGAGGUAAGUCAUACCGCCACUAUUUAA